AUGUCGCUCAGAACAGUUAUCUACUGCGGAGUUUGCUCCUUUCCUCCAGAAUUUUGUGAGUUCACCGGAAAACUAAAGAGGUGCAAAGUUUGGCUGUUGGAAAACCAUCCAGAAAAAUAUCAGAGCCUGUACGGGGACGCUGAAGUAGAGGAUGCGGCCGCCAAGUUGGCUGGAUCUUCUAUCGGGGAAGAAAGAGAAGAGAAGCUAGAAAAGGACCUGCUGAAGCUGCAGUCUAAGCAGGAGAACCGCGAGCAGAGGGAGCUGGCGAAGAAGCUAUCGUCUAAAGUUAUCAUCAAGCGUGAAGCUAGAACAAAGCGCAAGACCAUGGUUGCCAUUGCCGGGCUCGAGGUCUUUGAGAUCGACAUGAAGAAACUGGCUAAGACGUUCGCGUCUAAGUUCGCUACUGGGUGCUCGGUCUCCAAGAACGCCGAGAAAAAGGAGGAAAUCAUCAUCCAAGGCGAUGUUGCCGACGAGGCAGAAACAUACAUCCAGAAACUGCUUGAGGAAAAGGGACUGAAGGAGGUCAAGGUUGAGCAGAUGGACAUGAAGAAAAAGAAGAAGCCCACCACCACCACUCCGACGCCCGCUGCCUGA